AUGGCCAGUCGGUAUUGUAAAGCUCUAGCAGAGCACGGUCGACCAGAUAACAAGAGGUCCGAUAUCGUUGAAACGUACCUUCAGCAGAUCGAGGAUGUCCAACUAGGACGCCGGAAGUUCAGCGCAGAAUAUUUAGAGAGCAGAGAGCUGCUGGAGUAUUGGGACUUGGUUCAGGCCAUGUAUCGGGAGUUUUUCAAUGACCACCCCAGCUACACAGAAGUCGGAGGGGGGAAAUUGAACGAGCUCGAAAUCUUUGAAAAAGACGUAGAACAACUAACUACUACGUUAUUGGCAGCAGUGAAUUCUGGGUCACUCAACCAUGAUGGCCGAGUCACCAUUCGACGGAGAUGGUCGAUUUUAGACAGACUGAUGCAGGAACAUUACUCCAGAACUAACACAAAGAGAACUUCUCUUUCAUGGUCUGAUAUUGCCAGCCAGUUUCGGGAAGCACGAAGUCCAAAUGAAAGCAAGGAGCUCAAUGUCGAUUGGACAUCGACUUGUAUGUGGCUUACCUUUACCGCCACUGUCAUUGUUGCUCUUCCUACGUUCGCUCUUGCUUUUCAAUACUCACCUCACGCGCGCGGAUCGACACUCGACGCCGACUUUUGGUUUCUUCUCCAAUCCUGCAGCAUGCAAUUUCUCGGGUUCCUAACUGUUGGUAUACCUAUGUGGAAGGGAAAAUUGCUAUCUGUUCAUGUCUGGUAUUGGACCUGGGGUUUCAUCGGCUUGGCAAUGAGCUGCACGCUUGCGGCGCCGUUCAUAUACUGCAAGCUGCGCACAGAAUGGAGCGCUUUCUUGGUGAUAGUCGCAGGGACCAUUCAAGCGUUUGUGACUUUGCAGAUCACACUCAUCGCGAAUCACAGUCUAUAG